AAGUGGCUAUCAAAUGUUGAAGUACAUUGAGCAAAAUACACAGUAAUAUUAGCACUUAAUCUUGAAUCGCGUCGUGUUUUAGUAGACUUUGUUAAGUGAUACAGUUUUGCAAUAAACAAAAAAGAAAUACAAACUAGAACAAUGGAAUGGUUGGCCACACGGAUGUAUGCACUGACAUAUCAGUAGAGGGCCAUAUAAUUUCUUGUAUAACAUGGACCGGUUUUUGAUCUUAUUUGUGUUUGCAAUAUCAUUACAGCCAUGCUUUUUACAAGAAUUCUGCCGUUAUAAGUGUCACUGCAAUAGACCAUGUGAAGAUGAUUUCAAGUGUUCAGACGACGAUAAAUGUCAAAGUGGAUGGUUUGGUUACAGAUGUCAGUAUCAAGAUUUGGCUGUAUUUAAUGCAACACUUACUACCAACCCGUUAGGGAUGAAUAUUAGCUGGUUGACUGAUCAGAACGACUACACCUGUAAUACGGCAAAUGAUUUGAAAUCUGUAACUGUCACGUGGCCCGUAUUAAAAGCAAUUCCAUUAUCCUGGACAAGAGUGACUGUAAACGAACCACAAUCUCUGUCAAAUGUUGAGCUGCAGUUCACCAGAGAAGGAACAGCUGAGAAGUCUUCAUGUCUAAAUGAGACAUUCUCAGAAGUAAACAACAAAACUCUAGACAGGCGAUGUAAUGAUGAUGUCACGAUAACCUCUUUAACUUUAUCUGGGAAUCUGUCAUCUUUAUGUUCUUUUUAUAUCAGUGGAGGUAGAAACAUUGCAUACGGACAGCAUGCCUCGCAGUCGUCAGACUGGACAUUGUCUAGACUAGUGUUCCGUGCAGACGUUGCGGUUGACGGAAACACUAACUCGAUUAUGGAAGUCGGGAGCUGCACUCAUACUGAAAAGGAAAUAGCUCCAAGUUGGAACCUGACUCUACAGAGCAAUUACGUUAUCAAACGAUUCACCAUUUAUAACAGAGGUGAUGGUCAUGAAGAAAGAUUGCAAGGUUUUGUAAUUAAUACGUAUGAUGAAAAUAGAGCCAGGAUUGGAUACUAUGAAGAUAGAAGUGGUUUGUGUAAUGUGCUUAUCUAUUUUAUUAAUUUAAAUGGUAAUGUGAAUGAUACUGUAAACGUUAUUUCAAUACGUCUUAAUGGAGAACAGAAAAUACUCACCUUGUGUGAAGUGGAGGCAUAUGGAGAGUGCCCAUCGGGUAAAUGGAGUCUACAGUGUGGAAAACUAUGUCCUGCUUCAUGUCCUAAAACCUGUGAUAGAGACACUGGUGCAUGCAAUACUGUAUGUUUUGGAUACAGUAACCCACCACAGUGUGAUACAGUCUGCGCUAGCGGCAAGUGGGGAAUAAAUUGUCGCAAUACUUGCAAUAACGGAUGCUUUGAGGGAAAGUGUAACAUUAGAACUGGAUUGUGUGACAAAGGGUGUAUGGGUUACAGUGACGCACCUUAUUGUGGCUCUGAAUGUUCGAAGGAUAGAUGGGGAAUCAACUGUAGCAAUAUAUGUAGUCAGAAUUGUUACUAUUCAACAUGUGAUUCAUUUACUGGACAUUGUGAUCAAGGAUGUCUGUCUGGAUAUCAAUUGCCUGAUUGCACAAGAGAAUGCACAGAAGGACAAUGGGGCGUGAAUUGUACUAGUACAUGUAACAAGAACUGUUACGAUAAGAUAUGUAACCCCAAAGAGGGCAGCUGUAACUCUGGUUGUAUUGAAGGAUUUCAACCUCCAAUCUGCACACAAGAAUGUGUUAUAGGAACUUACGGAAGAAAUUGUUUAUUCAAUUGUUCAAGUCUAUGUGUCAAUGCUGAAUGUGACCCCGUCAAAGGUGCAUGCAAUAAAUGCCCUAGUGGUUAUGAGGGGCACGCUUGUGAUAUAAAAACGUUUAGCCUAGAACUGAACAGUUUUGGAAUAGGAUUCGUAGUAGGAACACUAGCUCUUGUUUUAGUCAUCAUUGCCUUGCUGCUUAAUAAAACUUUGGUUUUCCAUUGGAGCCAAAGGACAGAGUCAUUAGCUGUUCGAACAAAUCUUCAACUUAAAGAGUGUCCUAAUUAUGACUAUGUUACAGAUACAGCUCAUCAACCCGAUGAUGUAAACAAUGAGUACGAGACGACAUCAACGAACAAAUGCUAUGAGGAUGUUCUUGCCAAUUCUCCUUAUGAUUGCAUUAAUGUAACUUAAGUUAUAGCUUUAUUCAGUUUAUCACCAACCAAAAAGAAAACAACAAAAAAACAGAAUUUUUUAAAAACCAUUAUACAAUGUUGAGAGCCUCCAAUAUCUACAAAUCAUCACACAUCUAUUCAUUCGAAAGUAUUGUAAUGGACUGAAUUGGUAAUUAUAUGAUACAGGAGUUAAACUUGGUGUCAAAUUCAGCUUGUCAAUUUCAAUUUGUCUUGUAGAAAAUCACUUGUUUUUUGUUUUGUUUGUUUUGUUUUUUUGUCCUCAAAAUGGCGACUCAUCAGCGGAUGUUAUUUUGUCUGCUUAUAGGAAUGCUCAUAUCGGCUUGGUCUUAUCCGUGCCGCCGGUGGUGGUAUUAUUGAGAAAAGUUAAAGCAUGGAAUAAAAAAAAAAUUAUACACAAUUGUAACUGAUAAAUGGGUGAUAGAUGAAAAUAUUAAUCUUGUACCGGUCAGCAAUGCUAUCAAUGUGUGUAAUGUUGAAGAAUGCUGGGUUCGUGCGUCCAGGAGUCACACUUAACAGGUAACAAACAAACAAACAAACAUUUAGUGAAUAACAACAGUUGUCAACUGGAACAAUAUUUAAUAAUACUUAAUUGUAAGUUAACAACAUAUUUACAUAUACAUCAAUAUCAUUGCUGUUAGCAUUUGAUUAAUAAUUAGUCCAAUAUCACACCAAUAAGUUUCAAUAACACACCUUUCACGCUCACACUUCAUCUCUGCGCCCUACGGAACAUCAACUCCCUACACCUCAACAACGAUAGUUACUAUACGACUCCAAGGGCGGAAAGGCGACACACUAUCCCAUAGCCCAAAGCCUAACACCCCUUACAACGGGGAAACAAAAAAAAACCAGCUACCCAGCUAACAAAAGAAGCUCUCUCUCUCUCUCUCUCUUGCGGGAACUAAGGAUGACGUAAACACACACAUACACAAUAUUCUAGACAACAAAACACACCAAAUAUAAACUACUAAACUACUACGCUAAAACACCAAUAUUAAAUACAAAGAAAACUUCGAGCGCACGACAUCUAUUAGUUAUUUUAAUAUUUUAUAUUUCUGAUACAGUUAGCUUUCUAAAUGCUGUAUUGUAAGUUUGUGUUUCCAAUUAAAGUUUCUGUGUUUGAAUCAAAA